CGGGCCUCAAACCCACAAACCGUGAGAUCAUGACCUGAGCUUAACCGACUGAGCCACCCAGGCACCCCAGAAGGGGACAACUUUAUCCUUUGAAUCUCCCAAUUUACUCUCUCCAACCAGAACUAGUUAGGAUCGAAACGGACAAGAUUUAUCCUUCCUCAGAGUCCAGGAGCACCUCAGAAAUAGUGUCUCCGUCUGAGUGCAAUGUUUCUUCCAAAAUCAACUCUUCAGGUUUCCAAUCUCAGGAACAGGCUCUCACGGCUGAGAAUCCAGGCACUGGCUCUUCCCCGACUUCUGUCAGUGGCUCACCAGACACUGUCUGUCCUUCCUUCAACUGUCCCCUUCUCCAGGCUCCUGACCUAGCUCAGGUAUUUUGUUUCUCCUGAACUAGCAUCUCAGCCUCCUCCUUGACUAGCCCACCCCUAGCCCACCUUGGCCCCAGAGGGAUGCUUCUAGCAUCCAGGUCUGAUACUGCCCUCCCCUGCGCAAAUCCUUCCACGGCCUACUAUCCACUGCCUACAGGUGAUACCAAAGCUCCAGUCUGGGCCUUCAGGAUCUGACCCUGCCUGCGUUCCCAUCAUCAGCUCCUUCUUUCCCUUAGUUCUAAGCUCCCUGACAACCGGUCCACAGAAGACCUCGAUAAAGAGCAAACGAAUUACUCCUACAAUGAUUCUGUCCCACAGAAAUUCCUGUUGUCGGAUUCUCCAGCCGGAGGAGAACGCAAAUAUCUAAACAGAAGUCUGCAAAAAUCCCAGGAUCAUGCAACCUAUUUCAUGCACUUGGACCCCAGCAAAAGCAACUGGGGAGAGCUAUCUCAAAGGAGGGAGGGAGGGGGUUCCCCCCCCCCGGAAGGGCGGGAAGGUCUAAUUGGAACAGACGCACCGAUUUCCAGCGAGGAGAAGCCUCCUUUUGAUCUGUGCAGUGUGCACCCCAGAAUUCCGACCUACACCGAUGCCUGCCUCCUGCAAGGGAGUCUCGCCCCCUCCCCACCCCAUCCCAUGCUUGAACCCACUCUGGAAGGCACCAGAGAGAGCAGCUCCAGACCCCGGGGGUGGUGUGCUGGUGAUGGAGGAAAGCAGCCAAGCAGACCAAGGUGGGAUUCUCAGAAAGGGGGCUCUGAGGCAGAAGGUGGUCCACGAAGUCAAGAGCCACAAGUUCACCGCCCGCUUCUUCAAGCAGCCAACCUUCUGCAGCCACUGCACCGACUUCAUCUGGGGCAUUGGGAAACAGGGCCUGCAAUGUCAAGUUUGCAGCUUUGUGGUUCAUCGACGAUGCCACGAAUUUGUGACCUUCGAGUGUCCAGGCGCUGGGAAGGGCCCCCAGACGGAUGACCCCCGGAACAAGCACAAGUUCCGUCUGCACAGCUACAGCAGCCCCACCUUCUGCGACCACUGUGGCUCCCUUCUUUAUGGGCUGGUGCACCAGGGCAUGAAAUGCUCCUGCUGCGAAAUGAACGUGCACCGCCGCUGUGUGCGCAGCGUGCCCUCUCUGUGCGGGGUGGACCACACGGAGCGCCGAGGGCGCCUGCAGCUGGAGAUCCGAGCACCCACGGCGGAUGAGAUCCACGUCACAGUUGGCGAGGCCCGUAACCUUAUCCCAAUGGACCCCAAUGGUCUGUCUGACCCCUACGUGAAGCUGAAGCUCAUCCCAGACCCUCGGAACUUGACAAAGCAAAAGACCCGGACCGUGAAAGCCACGCUAAACCCUGUGUGGAACGAGACCUUUGUGUUCAACCUGAAGCCAGGAGACGUGGAGCGCAGGCUUAGCGUGGAGGUGUGGGACUGGGACCGGACUUCCCGCAACGAUUUCAUGGGCGCCAUGUCCUUCGGGGUCUCGGAGCUGCUCAAGGCGCCGGUGGAUGGCUGGUACAAGUUACUGAACCAGGAGGAGGGCGAAUAUUACAAUGUGCCAGUGGCUGAUGCUGACAACUGCAGCCUCCUCCAGAAGUUUGAGGCCUGUAACUACCCCCUGGAACUGUACGAGCGGGUGCGGAUGGGUCCCUCUUCCUCUCCCAUCCCCUCCCCAUCCCCUAGUCCCACGGACUCCAAACGCUGUUUCUUUGGGACAAGCCCUGGACGUCUGCACAUCUCCGACUUCAGCUUCCUCAUGGUUCUAGGAAAAGGCAGCUUUGGGAAGGUGAUGCUGGCUGAGCGCAGGGGCUCUGAUGAGCUCUACGCCAUCAAGAUCCUGAAGAAAGACGUGAUUGUCCAGGAUGAUGAUGUGGACUGCACCCUGGUGGAGAAGCGCGUGCUGGCCCUGGGGGGCCGAGGCCCGGGAGGCCGGCCCCACUUUCUCACCCAGCUGCACUCCACCUUCCAGACCCCGGACCGUCUGUAUUUUGUGAUGGAGUAUGUCACCGGGGGCGACCUGAUGUACCACAUCCAGCAAUUGGGCAAGUUUAAGGAGCCCCAUGCAGCGUUCUACGCAGCAGAAAUCGCCAUCGGCCUCUUCUUCCUUCACAAUCAGGGCAUCAUCUACCGGGACCUGAAAUUAGACAACGUGAUGCUGGAUGCUGAAGGACACAUCAAAAUCACUGACUUUGGCAUGUGUAAGGAGAACGUCUUCCCUGGGACCACCACCCGCACCUUCUGUGGGACCCCAGACUACAUAGCCCCUGAGAUCAUUGCCUACCAACCCUAUGGAAAGUCUGUUGAUUGGUGGUCCUUUGGGGUUCUGUUGUAUGAGAUGUUGGCAGGACAGCCCCCUUUCGAUGGGGAGGAUGAGGAAGAGCUGUUUCAGGCUAUCAUGGAACAAACCGUCACUUACCCCAAGUCGCUUUCCCGGGAAGCUGUGGCCAUCUGCAAGGGGUUCCUAACUAAGCACCCAGCGAAACGCCUGGGCUCAGGGCCGGACGGGGAGCCCGCCAUCCGUGCUCAUGGCUUUUUCCGCUGGAUGGACUGGGAGCGGCUGGAACGACUGGAGAUCGCGCCUCCGUUCAGACCCCGUCCGUGUGGACGCAGCGGCGAGAACUUCGACAAGUUCUUUACGCGGGCGGCGCCAGCGUUGACCCCCCCAGACCGCCUGGUUCUGGCCAGCAUCGACCAGGCCGAUUUCCAAGGCUUCACCUACGUGAACCCGGAUUUCGUGCACCCCGACGCCCGCAGCCCCGUCAGCCCGCCGCCGGUGCCAGUCAUGUAAUCUCACCUGCCACCACUAGGUGUCCCCAUUGCUCCCUCCCCGCACCAGUCUUACACCUCCCCCCCACCCCCCACCUCCACCCCCUUUCCGAUUUAGAUCUUGCUCCCCAGCAUUCUGGCCUCUGCCCCGUGGGUGCUAGAUGCCCCUCCCAAGCGUUCCUGGCAUUCUAAGCUCCAUACAGUCUCUGGAGCCUCACUGUGUUCUAGACUCUGCUGUGCUGAGCCCGGGAUUCUCACCCACCUUGGUGUUCUGGACUCUGCGCUACCAGAACCUUCACCACGGUCCCAACUCCGUGGGGUUCUAGACUCCGUGUUGGUAGAAUCUCUGUCUCUCUCUCUCUUUUUUUUUUUUUUUUCUUCUCCUUUCUUUCUGGGAAAUAGUCUUAUGGGGUGGGCUGUUCUAGACUUGGAUUCUAGAACAACCCUUCACCUCUGACCUGCCCCCCACUCCCCCCACCAACGACGUCCACCCCAUUCUGGAGUGAGUGGGAGGCUGUGCCCCCACGCUCCCGUGCCCCUCGUCCACACUCUAGGGAUUCCUGGGAUGGAUGAAGGAUCCCUACCCCCAGCUGUUCUCAAUCAGCUUUUGUUCUAGACGCCCCUACCCCGAACCCGUCACUGCUCGCCUGCCAGGUGCAUGGCUCCAGUCCUGCUCGGAACCUCCUCCACCUCCCCUCCCUCUUCCCCUCCCCCCCCCUUCCCGUGCCUGCCACUCUGGGGGGGGGGGUCUGUCCUCCUCCCCCUGCCCACUGCCCUCUUCUUUGGCUCUCUCGCCCGGCCACAGCUGCUGGAGAAUAAAUUUGGGAUGCUGAUGCUG